GAGAGAGAGUCAAACUCUGGAAGCCAGUGUUUAUUUCCAGUGAAGUGCUAGCGGUACUUUGCGUCAGUGGAAGCAGAGCUUUCCUGACCGGGAAAAAAGAGCCAGGCGAGAGAUUCCCCGAAUCCCAGCGCAGGCUGGCCUGGAACUAGGGUCAGCAUUCCCGAGAGUCUUCCCACCGGAGCGCCGGCAGGAACUGGCCGCCCGGCCUCCCAACGGAAAACUCCGGGACAGGGAUCACCACCAUUACCGCUAGCCGGGAGGAACGACAGCAGCCGACGCCGCCGGACAACCAGGAAGAGAGAGAGGCUCUGUUACUGGAUAACCCCACAGGCGCGCACUCUCUCUCUCCCGUCUUUCUACUGCAACCACUCCGGUCUGCACACAACGGAAAGACACACAAACUCAUAGAAAGACUAGAGAAGACAACAGAGAGAAGAGAGAGAGAGAGGGGGAGCGAGCGAGAGAGAGGGAGAGAGAGGGAUCCGGAAAGCUGGAGUCGGAGUGGUGAAGCAGCAUUCCCUGGAAAUCAUCACUCCGUGCAGGCGUCUGAUCCUCUGUGCUGAGAACAGGAAGGAGAUGGAGGACUGGAUGGCGGCUCUGAAAAGUGUUCAGAACCGGGAGCACUUUGAGUCCACUCAGUACAGCAUGGACCACUUCUCUGGGAUGCACAACUGGUACGCCUGCUCCCACGCCAGGCCCACCUACUGUAACGUCUGCAAGGAGCCGUUGUCCGGGGUCACCUCGCACGGCCUGUCCUGCGAAGUGUGCAAGUUCAAAGCCCACAAGCGAUGUGCGGUCCGCGCCACCAACAACUGCAAGUGGACCACGCUGGCCUCCAUUGGCAAGGACAUCAUCGAGGAUGAGGACGGGAUCUCUAUGCCUCACCAGUGGCUGGAGGGGAACCUGCCGGUCAGUGCAAAGUGCACCGUGUGUGAUAAGACCUGUGGCAGCGUGCUCAGACUCCAGGACUGGCGCUGCCUGUGGUGUAAGGCCAUGGUGCACACAACGUGUAAGGAGCAGCUCUCCACCAAGUGUCCCCUUGGUCAGUGUAAAGUCUCGGUCAUCCCCCCUACUGCCCUCAACAGCAUCGACUCAGACGGCUUCUGGAAGGCCACGUGUCCCCCCUCGUGCACAAGUCCGCUGCUGGUGUUCGUCAACUCCAAGAGCGGAGACAACCAGGGCGUCAAGUUCCUGCGCCGCUUCAAGCAGCUGCUCAACCCCGCGCAGGUGUUCGACCUCAUGAACGGAGGACCGCACCUCGGGCUGAGACUCUUCCAGAAGUUCGACACCUUCCGGAUCCUGGUGUGUGGCGGUGAUGGCAGUGUGGGCUGGGUGCUGUCAGAGAUUGACACACUCACCCUCCACAAGCAGUGCCAGCUGGGCGUGCUACCGCUGGGCACGGGGAACGACCUGGCGCGCGUGCUGGGCUGGGGCUCGGCCUGCGACGACGACACGCAGCUGCCGCAGAUCCUGGAGAAGCUGGAGCGGGCCAGCACCAAGAUGCUGGACAGGUGGAGCAUCAUGGUGUACGAGACCAAGUUCCCGCGGCAACACUCCAGCUCCACGGUGACCGAGGACUGUAGCGAUGACUCAGAGGUACAGGUGCAGCAGAUCCUGACGUAUGAGGAUUCGGUGGCGGCGCACCUGUCCAAGAUACUGAGCUCAGACCAGCACUCAGUGGUCAUCUCCUCCGCCAAGGUUCUGUGUGAGACUGUCAAGGACUUUGUGGCCAGAGUGGGGAAGGCCUAUGAAAAGAACACAGAGAGCUCUGAAGAGUCAGAGGCCAUGGCUAAGAAGUGUGGCGUGCUGAAGGAGAAGCUGGACUCUCUGCUGAAGACGCUCAACGAGGAGGCCCAGGCGUCCAGCGUCAUGCCCGCCCCUCCGCCCACCAUCGCCGAGGAGCAGGAGGAGGGCGAGGGCGUGAUAGUGCCCCCCCAGCCCCCCUCGGCCCCCACCACCACCAACACCAACACCAGCACCAGCAGCAGUAGUGCGUCCGUAGCCCCCUGCUCCGCCCGUAGCACCAGCGCAGCCGCCAUCUUCAAGCCCCGCGAGCAACUCAUGCUCCGAGCCAACAGCCUGAAGAAGGCCAUCAGACAGAUCAUAGAGCACACAGAGAAAGCCGUGGACGAGCAGAACGCCCAGACGCAGGAGGUCUUCUCCGCUCUGGUGGCGGACGAGGAGGAGGAGGAGGAGGAAGAUAAGGUCUCCCUGCAGUCCUCCCACAGCGGGGGCAACGGCUGCAACAGCGGCCACCGGAGGCCACCCCGCAGAGUUUCCAAGACACCAUGUGAGAAACUCAUCAGUAAGGGAAGCUUGUCUCUGGGGAGCUCUGCAUCACUUCCUGCUCAGACAGGAAGUAGGGAGAACAUGCCAAUGCUCAACACAAAGUUCCUCUACCCAAGUCUCAGGGCAGGCAUGACGGGUUCUUUGUCCAGCAGCUCAGUCAUCAGCAGAUUGCUGGUCAACGCUGACCCAUUCAACUAUGACCCUGAGAACCUUCUCUCUCUCAGGGACUGCUACACCGAGAAGUGUGUGAUGAACAACUACUUUGGGAUCGGCCUGGACGCCAAGAUCACCCUGGACUUCAACAACAAGAGGGACGAGCACCCGGAGAAGUGUCGGAGUCGCACUAAGAACAUGAUGUGGUACGGAGUGCUGGGCACCAAGGAACUGCUGCACCGCACCUACAAGAACCUGGAGCAGAGAGUGCUUCUAGAGUGUGACGGCCGGCCCAUCCCCCUGCCCAGCCUGCAGGGCAUUGCGGUGCUGAACAUCCCCAGCUAUGCUGGCGGGACCAACUUCUGGGGUGGAACCAAAGAGGAUGACACGUUCACGGCCCCGUCUUUCGACGACAAGAUCCUGGAGGUGGUGGCGGUGUUUGGCAGCAUGCAGAUGGCCGUGUCCCGCGUCAUCAACCUGCAGCACCACCGAAUUGCACAGUGUCGCACAGUGAAGAUUACCAUCCUUGGAGACGAGGGCGUACCUGUACAGGUGGACGGAGAGGCCUGGAUCCAACCACCCGGCUACAUCCGAAUAAUCCACAAGAACCGCACACAGACCCUUACUCGUGAUAGGGCAUUUGAGAACACCCUGAAGUCCUGGGAGGACAAGCAGAAGUGUGAGUUUCCAAGGCAACCGGCCCAACAUGCCCUGCAGCCAGAGACAGUGUCCGAGGAGGAGGCCUCCCAGAUCAACCAGUUUGGCCAGGCAGCAGGAGCACUCAUACACAGCAUCCGAGAGAUAGCAAAGUCCCACCCCAGCAUGGAGCAGGAGCUUGCCCACGCAGUCAACGCCAGCUCCAAGUCUAUGGACGUGGUCUACGCCAACUCCAAAAGCACCGGCGGCCUGAACAGCAGCGUCGUGGUUCAGAUGGUCAGUAACGUCAAGGCUCUUCACAGUGAGACCGAGCUGCUCCUGGCUGGGAAGAUGUGUAUGCAGCUGGACCCUCCCCAGAAGGAGCAGCUGUCGGGCACCCUGGGCACCGUGGCUCAGCAGCUCCGCCGCCUGGCCGACCUCCCGUGGCUGUGCCACCUCAUCGAGCCCACCGACGACGAGGGCAACCUGACCGACUUCUCCAAGCGUAGUCGCAGUGCCAAAUUCCGCCUAGUGCCCAAGUUCAAGAAAGACAAGAACAACAAAAACAAGGAGACAUGCGCCACUCUCAGCCUGCCAGUGGACCAGUGGGGCACGGAGGAGGUGGCGGCCUGGCUGGAUCUGAUCUGCCUGACCGAGUACAAGGAGAUUUUUAUCGGGCACGACGUGCGGGGCUCGGAGCUCCUGCACCUGGAGCGGAGGGACCUCAAGGAUCUGGGGGUGACCAAGGUGGGCCACAUGAAGCGGAUCCUGCAGGGUAUCAGAGACUUGAGCCGCAACAGCUCCGCCAGCGAGGCCUAGAAGCCCUGUUGUCUGCCUGCGUCUGCGGAGGACCCAGCCAACUGAACGACCCCUGACCACCUACGCCCUUCAGCCACCGAACCCCCACCCAACCUCCGGCCCCCAAUCUCCCACGUGCCGGGACCAAUGCAGUAUCGCCCAAUCGGAAAGCACCCCAGGACUGAGACCAACCAACCCCAGUGCCUUCAUGUGCCCACCCCCAUGACAUCAUUACUUUGGGAGACUGGAAUUUUUCAUUGCACAAUGGAGGGAGGGAGGCACCAGUAGCCCAUCAUCCUCAUCAUCAUUUUAUUAGGGUCAUACCAAUAUC